UUUUAUCUUUAUGAAGGUCAUCCUUCUUAAACUUGCUGACUUGGUGACUCUUGCUAGUGGAGACUCAUCUGACACAAGCCAUCUUCAGAAUUGUAUUGGUUCUGCAGUAAUUGCUAUGGGGCCACAGAGGAUUCUAACGCUUCUCCCUAUCUCCCUCAAACCUAAGGACUUACUUUGUUCAAAUAUUUGGUUGGUUCCAAUAUUAAAGGAUUAUGUUGUUGGAGCAUCAAUAGGAUACUAUAUGGAGCACAUAGUACCUCUUGCAAAAUCUUUUGAGCAAGCGAGUCAUAAAGUUAAAAAGUCUAUAAUGGGUCAAGAUCUGCAGGCUCAUGCUCACGGCCUCUGGGGAUUGUUACCUGCCUUCUGUCGCUAUUCUACUGAUACACAUAAGAAGUUUGGACCUUUAGCUGAACUUUUAAUUCAUCUUCUUAAGAACGAUUCUUCUAUGCAUGAAGAUAUUGCUGUUGCUUUACAGAUUCUUGUGAAUCAAAAUAAAAAUGUUCUUAGAUCUGAGAAAGACACCCUGGAGUCGGACACAUUCCAAUUGAAAGAUUCUAUAAUAUACUUAAGAAUUAGACCCACUUAUUCACAGAAAACUGCAACCAGAAACAUCAAGUCCUUGUCAUCAUAUUCUGCUGAGUUGCUUCAGGCUCUAACAGAUGCAUUUGUCCAAUCACAUCCAGCAAAGCGCCCAUAUAUUAAGGAUUCCAUUCAAUGCUUGGCUUCUAUCACUGACUCUUCUGUUACAAAAAAGAUUUUCAUGUCACUACUUGAGAAGUUCCAGUUCAUGACUUGUGAGGGUGAGUUUGAAAUGCAGAAAGAUAAUACCAAUGAGUCAGUGGACGAUGAACAAGGCAAUGUAAAUAGUAAAGAGAAAGAUUUACAAAGGUGCGUAAUAACAGAGCUUGCAUCUUCUCUUGUUGAAGGAGCAAAGGAGGAUCUUAUUCAUCUUAUAUAUGACUUUAUUAAGCACACUUUUCAGGAAAAUAAUGAGAUUGGUCAUCACGAAGCCUAUAUAACUUUAAGCAGAAUUUUAGAGGAACAUGCUUGGUUUUGUUCUUCAAAAUCUAUAGAGCUGAUUGAUCUAUUGCUUGGCCUUAAACCUCCUGUUGACGUUGCAUCUCUUAGGAGCCGGUUUGAAUGCCUCCAUUUUUUAAUGGUUCACAUGUUAAAGAUGUGCUCAGAGGAAGAAAGUACAAAGUCUUUUCUUAUUCUCAACGAGAUCAUACUAAUGUUGAAGGAUGGGAAUGAAGAACACAGAAAAGCAGCUUUUGAUGUUCUUCAAAAGAUGAGUUCCAGCUUGACACACUCUUCACAAAUCAGUAGUGUUGCUCCUGAUCGCAAAUUGAUUAGCAUGAUAAUGGGAUAUCUUUCUGGGUCAUCUCCUCACAUAACGAGUGGAGCAGUGUCUGCACUAUCUGUUCUUGUAUACAGUGAUCCAGAGAUGUGUCUUCAAAUACCUGAUCUCGUAUCCUCCCUCCUAUCCUUGCUGCAAACAAAAUCUCUAGAAGUUAUAAAAGCUGUUUUGGGCUUUGUUAAAGUGCUGGUGUCUUCAUUGCAAGCUAAAGAUUUGCAUAAUCUUCUUCCUGAAGUCAUCAGUGGAGUUCUUCCAUGGUCACCUGUCUCAAGAAACCAUUUCAGAUCAAAGGUCACUGUUAUAUUGGAGAUUAUGAUAAGGAAGUGUGGUACUGCUGCAGUUCAGUUGGCUACCCCUGAAAAAUAUAAGAGCUUUGUCCGUACAGUGUUGGAGAACCGACAUGGAAAAACAAGUUCAAAAGAUGCUGGCACUAAUAAUACAGAUAUGUUACUUGCAGAUUCAGAAACUAAGGGGCUGCAGAGGAGGAAGCAGAAGGAAUUGGGUAUUCUUUCCAAGGAAAAGGGCUCAACGAAGCAAAGAAAGAGGAAGAGGGAAAAUAGAGACUAUGGCAAGCUUACUGAUUCAAGCAAGCUUCAUGUGUCUGCUGGUGAUGGUGUCGGAUUGAAAAUGGCAAAAAGAGCACGACAUUUAGACAAAUCUACGGAGGAUCAGUCAGAUGGAAGGAAGACAAGGAACAAAAGGAAUUUCAAAAAAGGUCCCCCAAAUGGAAAAAGGAGGAAGAUGGAGAAGGCAAAUAUAGGCAAAGAGGAUAACAGGGCAGGUCGCAAACCUUUUUCCAAAGUACGCAAAGCCAGUAAGGGCUGAAGAAAAUUAGUGGGAGUCAUUGAAAGGAAUGGGAUGUUCAUUGAAGCAAUGGUAGGAGCUCGCCUUGCUUUUAAAAAUCCAGACAAGUCUCGCAAGUACAUGCAAACCACACCCUAUUCAAAAGCACCGAGCAAGGGUUCACCCAAGGUGGCAGGCGUGACCCAUGAGUUUAGCAUGACAUGAUUUAUGCCACGCCAUCCCUUUUUUAAAAGGUUAAUUUAUUAAUUUUUUAUCGGUUAUGUAUGAUUACAAUCCUUAAUUGAUGUAAUACUUUUAUUUUUAUAUAUAGUAAUGAAAGUCAAUAGUUGUA